GCAGAGUUGACUUUGGGGUGGGUUUGAUUCUUCUCUGAAGGCACCUUUCUUGCAGCAAAUGGAGAACUUGUGACCAAGAAUGGAUCCCAAGUCUUUCAUCAGGUUAUCAAUAGGAUCGUUGGGAUUGAGGAUCCCCCAACCGGCCUUAAGCAGUCCAAUAUCUUCUUGUUCAUGUGAGAUCCGUCUUCGAGGUUUUCCCGUUCAGACAACGUCUGUUCCCUUUUUACCCUCACCUGAAGCUGCCCCAGACUCUAACAGUACAGCCUCCAGCUUCUAUCUCGAGGACUCGGAUGUAAAGUCACUACUCCAGCCCGGCUGCUUUCAUACCAACCACACCUGCCUGGAGAUAGUUGUUUUCACUGGGCAGAAAGGUACCCAUUGUGGGGUUUCUAUCAAGAGACACCAGAUUGGUACAUUUAGGUUGAAAGUGAGUCCUGAGUGGGGUAAAGGAAAACCAGCUGUUCUUUUCAAUGGUUGGAUUGGGAUUGGGAAGAGCAAGCAGGGUGGCGGGAACACGGGAGUGGAGCUUCAUUUAAAGGUGAAGUUGGAUCCCGACCCAAGAUAUGUUUUCCAGUUUGAAGAGAAGACUAAAUUGAGCCCUCAGAUAGUUCAGCUUCAAGGAACCAUCAAACAGCCUAUUUUCAGUUGCAAGUUCAGUCAAGAUCGGGUCCUGCAGGUGGAUCCCCUGAGCAACUUUUCGUCUGCUGGUUUCGUCGAUAGCUCCUACCUUGAAACAGAAAGAAGGGAGAGGAAAGGGUGGAAGGUAACCAUACACGACCUCUCUGGAUCAGCUGUUGCUGCAGCCUUCAUAACCACGCCAUUCGUGCCGUCAGCGGGUCGUGAUUGGGUGGACCGGUCCAACCCAGGAGCUUGGUUGAUCGUCCGGCCCGAUCCGUUUACGCCCGACAGCUGGCAACCAUGGGGGAAACUGGAAGCAUGGCGGGAACGCGGCGGAAUAAAAGAUUCUGUCUGCUGCCGCUUCCGCCUUCUGGCUGAGGAAGGUGGCGAGGAUCUUAUCAUGUCAGAGAUACUCAUCGGUGCCGAGAAGGGCGGGGAGUUUUACAUAGACACUGAGAAACGGGUGGUGGGUCCGGUGCCGAGCCCAAGAAGUAGUGGUGAUGACUUGUCGUCAAUGUUGGGCCCCGUUUUAGGCGGGGGGUUUGUAAUGAGGUGUAGGGUGCAAAGCAAGCUGGUAGUGCAACUGGCGAUGAGACACGUGACUUGCGUGGAGGAUGCCGCCAUUUUUAUGGCACUUGCAGCUGCUGUUGAUCUUAGUGGUGAGGCGUGCAGGCCAUUUCGCAGAAGGCUCAGGAGAGGCACCAGUCGCCAUUCGUGGUGAUAUCCCAGUGGUUAUACACGCACAAUACUCCCUCAGUCCCUUGAAGCAUGAACGGUUCUGGCAAGUUGUGUUUGUAACUUUUGUACACUUUUGGUACAAAAGUGCUUGAUAUAAUUCGUGUUAUAUUUCUACCUAUGUCAUAUUUUUACGUAAAUUCCAUUAAAAAGAUGUAAAUAUGUAUAUGCAAUAUGUAAGAGAUUUUAAUAUAAAUUAUUAAUAUUUAAUGUAAAUGUGAUACAUUAUAAUGUAAAUGAUAUUAUGAAUUAUGAAUAUUUUAAAAGCACGUGAUUAACUUGUAAAU